UUCACCUCAUUUUAAAGAAAAACCAAAACCAAAACCUUCGAAAAGGGGCGAAAAUCCCUCUCUGUGCUUUGUUCGCUUCCUAUCGUCUUCUUCAGUUCGUGAAAACUUCAUUUCUGUUUUUUUUAGUUAUUUUUUUGGUUUUUUUUUCUUUCUCUCCAUCUAAAUUGCCGUUGAAAAUUUUAAAGCCGCCGGUCUCAUCUUCUCUCCGAUCUGACCCACCGAGUUCCUUCUGCUUCUACUCGGUUCUGUUCUCGGAUGAGUUAGCGGAGAAGAUCGCCGAGUUCAAUCAAUAUGGCCCCACCAGUAAAUAUAAUUGUAGGUUCCCAUGUUUGGGUUGAAGAUCCUGCUGAAGCAUGGAUUGAUGGAGAAGUUUCUCGAAUUAAUGGUGAACAAGUUCAUGUUCAUGCCACUAAUGGAAAGAUGGUUGUCACAAAUAUCUCCAAAGUCUUUCCGAAGGAUACUGAAGCUCCCCCUGGAGGUGUAGAUGACAUGACAAAGUUGUCAUAUUUGCAUGAACCAGGAGUUCUGAAUAACUUGGCUGCUAGAUAUGAACUUAAUGAAAUAUAUACAUACACUGGAAAUAUACUUAUAGCUGUCAAUCCAUUUCAAAGAUUACCUCAUCUGUAUGAUACUCAUAUGAUGGAACAAUAUAAAGGAGCUGCAUUUGGUGAACUAAGCCCUCAUGUUUUUGCAGUUGCAGAUGUUGCAUACAGGGCGAUGAUCAAUGAAGGGAAGAGCAACUCAAUUCUGGUCAGUGGAGAGAGUGGUGCUGGUAAGACAGAGACAACAAAGAUGCUUAUGCGGUAUCUUGCAUAUCUUGGUGGUCGAUCUGGGGUAGAAGGAAGGACAGUCGAACAACAAGUUCUUGAAUCCAAUCCAGUCCUUGAAGCAUUUGGCAAUGCCAAAACUGUCAGGAACAACAACUCGAGUCGUUUCGGUAAAUUUGUUGAGAUCCAAUUCGAUAAGAAUGGGAGGAUAUCUGGGGCAGCUGUGCGUACUUAUUUGCUUGAGAGAUCUCGUGUUUGCCAAGUUUCAGAUCCUGAAAGAAAUUAUCAUUGCUUUUACCUUCUUUGUGCUGCUCCUCCUGAGUAUAGAGAGAACUACAAGUUAGGAAACCCAAAAGAUUUCCAUUACUUAAAUCAGUCCACCUGUUACGAGCUUGAUGGAGUAAAUGAUGCCCAUGAAUAUCUCGCAACCAGAAGGGCUAUGGAUGUAGUUGGAAUCAGCGAGGAAGAACAGGAGGCAAUUUUUAGGGUUGUGGCUGCAAUUUUGCAUAUUGGAAAUGUUAAUUUUGCAAAGGGCGAGGAGAUUGAUUCUUCUGUCAUUAAGGAUGAGAAGUCCAGAUUCCAUCUUAACAUGACAGCUGAACUGCUUAGGUGUGAUGCCAAGAGCUUGGAAGAUGCAUUGAUUACGCGCGUAAUGGUAACGCCAGAAGAGAUAAUCACAAGAACGCUCGAUCCUGUUGCUGCUGUGAUUAGCAGGGAUGCCCUAGCUAAGACUGUUUAUUCACGCCUCUUUGACUGGCUUGUGGAUAAAAUUAACAAUUCAAUUGGUCAAGAUCCAAACUCAAAAUCAUUAAUUGGAGUCCUUGAUAUUUAUGGGUUUGAGAGUUUCAAGUUUAAUAGUUUUGAGCAGUUUUGUAUCAAUUUCACAAAUGAAAAGCUGCAACAGCAUUUUAAUCAGCACGUGUUUAAAAUGGAACAAGAAGAAUAUACAAAAGAAGAAAUCAACUGGAGCUACAUAGAGUUUGUUGACAACCAAGAUGUGCUGGAUCUAAUUGAGAAGAAACCUGGUGGAAUUAUUGCACUUUUAGAUGAAGCCUGCAUGUUUCCUAAAUCAACACAUGAAACAUUUGCUCAGAAAUUGUAUCAGACAUUCAAAAGCAACAAGCGUUUCAUUAAACCUAAGCUUUCUCGUACUAGUUUUACUAUAUCUCACUACGCUGGGGAGGUAACUUAUCAGGCUGAUCAGUUUCUUGAUAAAAACAAGGAUUAUGUGGUGGCGGAGCAUCAGGAUCUCUUGACAGCAUCAAAAUGCUCGUUUGUGGCAGGUCUAUUUCCGCCAUCACCUGAGGAAUCAUCAAAGUCAUCCAAGUUCUCUUCCAUUGGGUCACGCUUUAAGUUACAACUUCAAUCUUUGAUGGAGACCUUGAAUUCAACAGAACCCCACUAUAUCAGAUGUGUGAAGCCAAAUAAUGUCCUGAAGCCUGCUAUUUUUGAGAACUUCAACAUAAUCCAACAAUUGCGAUGUGGUGGUGUUCUUGAAGCUAUCAGGAUCAGCUGUGCUGGAUAUCCUACUAGGCGAACAUUUUAUGAGUUUCUUCAUCGGUUUGGGGUUCUUGCUCCUGAAGUUUUGGACGGAAAUUAUGAUGACAAGACUGCAUGCGAAAUGAUUUUGGACAAAAGGGGACUAAAAGGAUAUCAGAUAGGCAAGACAAAAGUCUUUCUUCGAGCUGGCCAGAUGGCCGAGUUGGAUGCAAAAAGAGCAGAGGUGCUUGGAAAUGCAGCCAGGACUAUACAAAGGCAAAUUCGAACAUAUAUUGCACGCAAAGAGUUCAUUGAAUUUCGUCAAGCUGCCAUUAAAUUGCAAUCAUAUCUGCGAGGUAUCUUUGCUCGUGAACUUUAUGAGAAGUUGCGACGAGAAGCUGGGGCUAUUCAGAUACAGAAGAAUUUCCGACUGUACACAAGCAGAAAAUCAUACUUAACGGUCCGCUUGGCUGCAAUCACAUUGCAGACAGGAUUAAGGGCAAUGACUGCUCGCAAUGAAUUCAGAUUCAGAAAGCAAACGAAGGCCGCAAUCCUCAUCCAGGCUCAUUUGCGUUGCUUCAUAGCGUACUCUUAUUAUAAAAGACUCCAAAAAGCUAUUAUUUAUACUCAGUGUGGUUGGAGGCGAAGAGUUGCUCGGAGGGAGCUCAGAAAUCUUAAAAUGGUUUGUUAUACCUGGUUAGUGUGUCUUUGCUUUUGUAAUAACAUAAGAUGUCUCAUUAUGUUUCUCUGGUGUAAAUCUUUUCAGGCUGCGAGAGAAACAGGUGCCCUUAAAGAAGCAAAAGACAAACUUGAAAAGCGUGUGGAAGAACUUACAUGGCGCUUGCAACUUGAAAAGCGGUUACGGACUGAUUUAGAAGAGGAAAAAGCCCAAGAAAUAGCUAAGUUGCAGGAAGCUUUGCAUGCAAUGCAAAUCCAAGUAGAAGAAUCAAAUGCUGCAAUUGUUAAAGAACGAGAGAUAGCUAGAAAAGCCAUUGAAGAAGCACCACCUGUCAUCAAGGAGACACCUGUGCUAGUUCAAGACACUGAAAAAAUUGAUUCAUUAACAGCUGAGGUGGAGAGUUUGAAGGCAUUGCUACUAUCAGAAAGACAGGCAGCAGAAGAGGCCAGGAAGGCUAGUUCAGAUGCUGAGGCGAGAACUGUAGAGCUGACCAAAAACCUUGAAGAUGCAGGGAAAAAAGUGGAUCAACUUCAGGAAUCUGUGCAGAGGCUGGAGGAGAAACUUUCCAACUCAGAGUCCGAGAAUCAAGUACUUCGUCAACAAGCAUUGACUAUGUCUCCAACUGGAAAAACUUUAUCUGCAAGACCAAAGAUGGUUAUUGUUCAGAGGACACCAGAAAAUGGUAAUGUUCUUAAUGGUGAACCCAGGCAUGCAUCGGAUAUGGCUCUUACGACAUCAAAUGCUCGUGAGCCAGAAUCAGAGGAAAAACCACAGAAAUCUCUCAAUGAAAAGCAGCAGGAGAACCAGGACCUACUGAUCAAGUGUAUAUCACAAGAUUUGGGAUUCUCUGGGGGCAGACCAGUGGCAGCUUGUGUCAUAUAUAAAUGCCUUCUUCACUGGAGGUCAUUUGAAGUUGAGAGGACUAGCAUUUUUGAUCGUAUUAUUCAAACAAUAGCUUCAUCCAUUGAGGUCCAGGAUAAUAAUGAUAGAUUAGCUUAUUGGUUAUCAAAUACAUCAACUUUAUUGUUGCUGCUUCAACAUACUCUAAAAGCAAGUGGAGCAGCUAGCUUGACGCCACAGCGUCGAAGGACAGCAUCGGCAUCGCUCUUUGGAAGGAUGUCUCAAGGUCUACGAGCUUCUCCUCAAAGUGCAGGACUCUCAUUUCUUAAUGGUCGGGGACUUGGCAGACUGGACGACUUACGGCAAGUUGAGGCCAAGUACCCAGCGUUGCUGUUUAAGCAGCAGCUUACUGCCUUCCUUGAGAAGAUAUAUGGAAUGAUAAGAGACAAUUUAAAGAAAGAGAUUUCCCCAUUACUUGGGCUGUGUAUCCAGGCACCAAGGACAUCGCGGGCAAGUUUAGUGAAAGGGCGUUCUCAAGCGAAUGCUGUAGCACAGCAGGCAUUGAUUGCUCACUGGCAAAGCAUUGUUAAAAGUUUAAACAACUAUUUAAAGAUGAUGAAAGCAAACUAUGUUCCGGCCUUCUUAGUUCGUAAAGUGUUCACUCAGAUAUUCUCUUUCAUCAAUGUUCAAUUAUUCAAUAGUCUUCUUUUGCGUCGCGAGUGUUGUUCAUUCAGUAACGGGGAGUAUGUGAAAGCGGGUUUGGCUGAAUUAGAACAAUGGUGCUGCCUGGCUUCUGAGGAAUAUGCAGGCUCAGCGUGGGAUGAAUUGAAGCAUAUUAGACAGGCCGUUGGUUUUCUGGUCAUACACCAAAAGCCCAAAAAGACCUUGAAUGAAAUAACGAAAGAACUAUGUCCUGUGCUGAGCAUCCAGCAGUUAUACAGGAUCAGUACAAUGUACUGGGAUGAUAAAUAUGGGACACACAGUGUGUCUUCAGAUGUAAUUUCAAGCAUGAGAGUUAUGAUGACUGAGGACUCUAACAAUGCCGUCAGCAGUUCUUUCCUGUUGGACGAUGAUUCAAGCAUACCAUUCUCGGUAGACGACAUCUCCAAGUCAAUGCAGCAGGUAGAUAUAGCUGACAUUGAUCCUCCGCCAUUGAUUCGUGAAAACUCAGGAUUUGUGUUCCUACUUCCACGUCCUGAGUGAUCCAUUGAACAAGGUUUCCUUGGUUCAAUUCUCGUCUCCCAAGACACUUAGCACGUCAACUAAGGUGCUGAACAAUCAUGUGCAUAGUAUUAUUCUCUUUUGAUGUCUUCAUCCAUGUGUAUAGCACUUUUUUCUAUUCGACCCACAUCUUGGUUUGGUGAUGGCUGGGUCAAUUCAUUCUUUUCCCUCGCGUUUUAUCGACAAGAGGGGUAUUUGUUAAGAAGCCAUAUAUCACUUUUUAAUGUGAUAGUGUGGAGAUCAGGCAAUGGUGUCCUGGUCCUCACAUUUAACUUGGCUUGUUUUUGUAUUUGUUUGCUUGGUUUCAGAGCACAAUAGUGAUUUUGAGUGAUACGUUUUAUAGGUCAAUAUUUGUUUUGUGAAAGCAAUUUGUAAUCUAAAUCUAAGGUUUUUUUUUUUCCUUAAUUUGUUAGAUGACAGCCUGUCAAUUUUAUAUCUUCACAUAAUAUAAAGUUUUGUUCAUUUUA